AUGGAAUCGUUGGAGCGGUGGAUGCGGAUAGGCGGCAGCAGGGCGCCAAGUAACGUGGUCGGUGAAGUGGUAGCCGGCGUAGGAGCGGGCGGAACAACCGUCGGCCAGGCGCCAACGCUGGUGUCCGCCGCCGCCGCUGCCGCCGCCGCCACCGCAGCAGCAGCAGCAGCCGCCGCUGCCGCACAGCCGUCACCCGGUGUCGCGGCGCUUGUCCGAAAGGGUCGGCGCCAUCUGAGCGCUACGUUCUGCCUGGCCGGUGACACCAUGGAAGGCAUCAUACAGUGCCUGGUCUUCCUCAAGGCGUUUUCGUUAGUUGGCGGUGAAUUCGACAUGGAAUUAAACUUUAUCAUACAAGACGCGCAAAACAUCAGACAUAUGUUGGAACUUUUAGACCAUUGUCCUCCAAACUUACAGGCUGAAAUAUGGAGCGUUUUUAUUGCAAUACUAAGAAAGUCCGUAAGAAAUUUACAAGCAUGCACUGAUGUUGGACUAAUUGAGUUAGUCGUAAAUAGGCUAGCAUGUGCCGACACCGUCGUAGCAGAUCUUUUAAUCGACAUGCUUGGAGUUCUUGCCAGUUUUAGUAUAACUGUAAAAGAAUUGAAAUUAUUAUUAGGAUCAAUGAAAGCCAUAAACGGAAAAUGGCCAAAACACUCCACAAAGCUUUUGAACGUUUUGAGACAGAUGCCACAAAGGAAUGGCCCCGAUGUCUUCUUUAGUUUCCCGGGAAAAAAAGGAUCGGCUAUUGUUUUGCCUCCGCUAGCGAAAUGGCCUUAUGAGAAUGGUUUUACGUUUUGUACGUGGUUCCGUCUAGAUCCCAUCAACUCGGUGAACAUCGAACGUGAAAAGCCAUAUUUAUACUGUUUCAAAACGAGUAAAGGUGUAGGGUAUUCCGCCCAUUUUGUGGGAAACUGUCUGGUGUUGACCUCGAUGAAGAUUAAAGGCAAAGGGUUUCAACACUGUGUGAAAUAUGAAUUUCAACCCCGAAAGUGGUACAUGAUAGCAAUAGUAUACAUUUAUAACCGGUGGACUAAAAGCGAAAUCAAGUGCGUUGUCAACGGUCAACUAGCGUCGAGUACAGAAAUGGCUUGGUUCGUUUCUGCCAACGAACCUUUCGAUAAAUGCUAUAUUGGGGCGACGCCAGAACUGGACGAAGACCGCGUGUUUUGUGGUCAAAUGUCGGCCAUUUAUUUGUUUAGCGAAGCUUUAACAACUCACCAAAUAUGUGCCAUACAUAGAUUGGGUCCAGGAUAUAAAUGUCAAUUUCGUUUUGACAAUGAAUGUCAUUUAAGUCUACCAGAGAAUCAUAAAAGGGUGAGUGAUUUUAAGAGUUUGAGCCAAACCCAGAAUUCAGAUUUUUCUCGCAUGUCCCAGCACGCUGUUGAUAGUUCUGUUUUAUAUGAUGGUAAAUUAUCUAAUGCCAUAGUGUUCAUGUAUAAUCCUGUUGCCACUGAUGGUCAGUUAUGUUUACAAUCAACUCCUAAAGGAAAUGCAUCGUAUUUUGUACACACUCCACAUGCACUCAUGUUACAGGAUGUGAAGGCUGUUAUCACGCACUCCAUACACAGUACCCUAAAUUCUGUUGGUGGAAUACAGGUGCUAUUUCCAUUAUUUGCUCAACUUGAUUUGUCCGCAGAGCCUAUGGAUAAAAAAGACGCUUCUAUAUGUUGGAAAUUAUUGGGUUUCAUUUGUGAUAUGGUUGAAACAUCUCAGACCGUACAGCAGCAUAUGAUCCAAAAUCGAGGAUUUCUAGUCAUCAGCUAUAUGCUACAAAGAUCAUCUAGAGACCAUUUGACGCUGGAAGUGUUAGGUUCAUUUCUUCGGCUAACCAAACAUCUGGUCACUUGUCUCACUCCCAACAAUGAGUUGCUAUUAAAACAGAUCCUAGAUCACAUACUUUUCAAUCCUGGCCUUUGGAUAUACACGCCGACCCAUGUACAAACCAGGCUAUAUACGUAUCUAGCGACUGAGUUUCUCUCAGAUACCCAAAUCUACUCGAACGUACGGAGAGUGUCUACCGUGCUACAAACCGUACACACGCUUAAAUAUUACUACUGGGUAGUGAAUCCGAGGAAUAAGAGCGGCAUUGUACCAAAAGGACUCGACGGUCCUAGACCAGCUCAGAAAGACAUAUUGAUCAUUCGUGGUUACAUUUUACUGUUCCUCAAGCAGUUAAUGAUGCUAGGAGUAGGUUUAAAAGAAGACGAACUCCAGAGUAUUAUUAAUUACCUGACGACUGUUUGCGAAGAUGAAAAUCUGCACGAUGUACUUCAAACACUAAUGUCACUCAUGUCUGAACAACCAGCAUCUAUGAUACCGGCUUUUGACGUGAAACACGGUGUGCGGUGUGUGUUCAAAUUGGUUGCAUCCGAAAGCCAAUUAAUUAGACUUCAAGCAUUAAAGCUCUUAGGAUUCUUCUUGAGCCGCAGUACACACAAAAGAAAAUACGACGUAAUGAGUCCUUAUAAUUUAUACACUUUGCUGUCGGAGCGAUUAAUGUUGCAUGAAGAAACUAUUACACUACCAACUUACAAUGUUCUCUACGAGAUAUUAACUGAACGCAUUAGCCAACAAAUACUUUACACUAGACAUCCGGAGCCCGAUAGUAACUGCAGAUUAGAAAACCCAAUGAUUCUUAAAGUAGUUGCUACUCUUAUUCGCCAAGCCAAGCCAUCGGAACAAUUGUUAGAAGUAAAGAAAUUAUUUUUGUCUGAUAUGACAAUACUUUGUAGCAAUAAUCGUGAAAAUAGAAGGACCGUACUACAAAUGUCUGUUUGGCAAGAAUGGCUCAUUGCAAUGGCUUAUAUCCAUCCAAGAACAUGUGAAGAGCAAAAAGUAUCUGACAUGGUAUAUAAUUUAUUCACUAUGCUACUCCAUCAUGCUAUCAAACAUGAAUAUGGUGGUUGGCGAGUCUGGGUUGAUACUUUAGCAAUUGUUCACUCAAAGGUUUCAUUUGAAGAAUUCAAACUUCAGUUUGCCUUAAUGUACGAACACUAUGAACGUCAGCGUAGUGACAACAUAACAGAUCCACGUCUACGUCAGCAGCGACCAAUAAGUACUAUAUCUGGUUGGGAAAAUCAACCUCCAGCACCUCCUAUAAAUCAUUCUCCAACCGAAACACCUGAAUCUGUUAUUAGCACACCUGUAAAAGAUAUUCAAGGCCUAAUAAAUGACGAAAAAAACUGUGAAGUGGAUUUACCAAAAGUCAAUACAAUUACAAUCAUAGAUAGUGAAACCAAAAAUCAAGAACCGAUUAAUGAAAAUGAAAAUGUAAAAAAGGAGACACCUACGGUUAAUGAAGAAGAAGAUGAACUUGCGAAAACCCAGAAUAAUGAACAAGAAACAUUAAGAGAAACUAUAAAUAAUGACAGUAGUACUUCAAUAGAAAUUAAAAACAAAAAUCAAGAUGUAUUAAAAUCGGUUGAAAACAAACUUGAAAAUAAUUUGAUAGAAAAACCAAAUCACGAUUCAUAUUCAUCUGAAGAGAUCAAAAUUAAAGACAUAGAAUUAACUAAUAAAAUUGUAGUUAAUAAUGACUUGGAAGAAACUAAGGAAAAUAAUAUAAGUGUAAUAGAUUCACCCAAUAAAAAUGAAAAUUAUGUUAUAGACCAAAUCAAAGAAAUAAAAAAUGAUGACUUAUCUACAACAAUAUCUGUUAAAAAUGAGCAUAUAAUAAAUUUAAACUUAUCUGAAGAAAUUAAGAUAUUGGAUGAUGCUGUAAAAAAAAGUAUUCACCUAGAUGAUUCAGCAACUGAAAAAUAUUUACAAAUUAACGGUGAAUUACCUUUUGUAAAUGAUGAAAAUAUUAUACAUCAUUUCACUGAAACUAUCAAAAAUCAUGUGUUACCUAAUAGUGAUGAUAUAGAUACAAAAGAUAUUGAAAUACAGAAUAAUUUAAAUACUUUUUUGAGUGAAGACCUUAAAGUCAAUGUUACAGAAAAAGUAAAUGAUGUCACAGUGCCAUUAAUAACUGAUUCUAACAUCAAUGAUGUCACAAAAGAAAAAAAAAAUGAAAAUAUUGUUAAUCAAGACAGUAUUAGUAAUAGCAGUGAUAGUGAAACCAUUGUUAAUUCUGAAUGUUUGCAAUUUGAAAUUGAUGAUGGUAUAGAAAAUAGUGAUCAAACAACUGUUGCACAAUCAAUAUCUGUGAUAACGGUUCAGACCUGCGACACAGUCGACAGCGAUUGUUCAGAGGCGUAUUUAACACCUAACGAACUCAACGAUACUCCAAAAAAAAUGUUAGAGAAAAUAAAUUUGAAGUCUUCUGAUCUUACUAGUAAUGUUAAUGAUGAAGUUAUGUCUCAAUUAAAUCCGUCCUUAGAAACUAACAAUGAAGUGAAAAUUCCGUCCAUACAUGCGUCAGAAACAAUCAUAGAAUUAAAAACAAAUGUUGAUUAUAUUGAUAAAGUAGAAACAAAUAUUAAUAAUGAACUUAAUGAGUCUACUGCUAAAAUAGAAGAAAAUAUUAAUUUAAUAGAAGAAAAUGAUAAAGUAAAUGAAAUUACUGAUAAAAUAAAGGAACAUAUUGAUGUAGCAGUAGAAAAUGUUGAGAAUAAAGAAAACAAUAAAUUGAUUGAAAACUCUAAUGAGAUUGAAGUUGAGUAUAAAAAAGAUUUAAAUAUUGUUCUUCAGCCUCAUAAGGAGCAUAAUAAAGAUAUUAAAGAAGGAAAAGCGAUUAAAUCUGUUGCAUCAACUGAUAGUGUUACAGAUAGUAAUAUAGAAACCAAGAGCUCAGAAACAUCAGUGAAUAGUGUCGAAGAAAAAAAUAAUGAGAAGACUGAUAAAAAACCAAUUCCUUCCAAUGCAGAAACGAGACCUAUGUUCAAUCCUGGCCCAUCAAGACCGCCCUUUAGAAUACCUGAAUUCAAAUGGUCUUACAUUCAUCAACGUUUACUAUCAGAUGUCCUCUAUUCACUUGAAUCAAACAUUCAAGUUUGGAGAGGGCAUUCGACAAAAUCAGUUUUGGAUUUUGUUAAUGGAUCUGAAAAUGCAAUAUUUGUGGUUAAUACUGUACAUUUAAUAUCACAAUUAUCAGAUAACUUAAUUAUAGCUUGCGGUGGACUAUUACCAUUACUUGCAUCUGCUACAUCGCCUAAUAGCGAAUUAGAUAUUAUGGAACCUACUCAAGGUAUGACUGUUGAAGUUGCAGCAUCUCUACUUCAACGAUUAGUCAAUAUGGCUGAUGUGUUAGUGUUUGCUAGUUCACUGAACUUUUCUGAGUUAGAAACAGAAAAGAAUAUGUCUAGUGGUGGAAUACUACGACAAUGCUUACGAUUAGUUUGCACAAAUGCUGUGCGUAAUUGCUUAGAAUGUAAAGAACGCAGUCGUCUGUUGGUGUUACCAUCACAACCAAAUAAUCCAAAACAGUUACAUUUACAAUCACUUAUUCGUGCUGGUCAAUCAUCACCUAAGAGUUUAAUUGAUGGCUCUACAAAUCCAAUACGUGAUCCAGAAAAACUAUUACAAGAAAUGGAUAUCAAUCGUUUACGUGCAGUUAUUUAUAGAGAUGUGGAGGAAACCAAACAAGCACAAUUUCUAUCAUUGGCUAUUGUUUAUUUUGUAUCUGUGCUAAUGGUAUCCAAAUAUAGAGACAUACUAGAACCACCAACAACAUCAUUACAAAUACAUGGAAAUACUACUGCAAAUAAUAACCAAGCACGAUCGGAGAGUCCCCCAAAUUGUCAUGGUACAAGACCGUUGUUUCCUCAAUGGUCCCAUCAUGUCUAUCCCCAAUUCCUACCUCCAUCUCAUUCGAUAGAUCCACAAAUGCCCCGUAACUUCGGCCACCGCAACAUUAUGUCACAUUACGCUGCGCCCUCGUUAGGACAACAAGACGAGGAAGACUAUAACACCAUGAUGACAUCAAUGGAAAAUUUAAACCACACUUCACAAGUGACAAGUACCCCAUGCAACAAGAGUAUAUGUUCUGAAGAAUUAGCAUCCACUAGUUCAGCAGCAUGUAGUGAUGUUGAAAGUAAUGAUACUGACGUUAAAGCAAGUACUAUAACUUCUACACAUAAUGAUGAAGCUUGGACUGAUGUAAAUCUCAAUGACGACUCACAAUCCAAUAAUGAGGAAGAUGGGAGAAUCCAUAGAGAUGUACGUGGAGACAAACCACUUAGUGAAAUAUCUGUAGUUAACGUCCCAGCUUCGAUUACACAAAAUGUGAACAUGCAAAAUCCUGGACAUAGUAUUGAAGAUUGUGGUUUGAAAAAUGUUAAUUUACCACAUCAGACGCACAUACCUAAUAGAGAGGCGUCUCUGACGCAUAAGUUGGAAGCAGCACUGGGUUCCGUGUGUCCACUUUUACGUGAAAUAAUGGUUGACUUUGCUCCUUUUUUAUCAAAGACCCUAGUGGGUUCUCAUGGUCAAGAGUUACUAAUGGAAGGCAAAGGAUUGACAACAUUUAAAAACAGUCAGUCAGUAGUUGAACUGGUGAUGUUGUUGUGUUCUCAAGAAUGGCAAAAUUCAUUGCAAAAGCACGCUGGUCUUGCUUUUAUUGAACUUAUCAAUGAAGGACGAUUGUUGUCGCACGCCAUGAAAGAUCAUAUCGUUCGCGUGGCCAACGAAGCUGAAUUCAUAUUGAACAGGAUGCGUGCUGAUGACGUAUUGAAACACGCCGAUUUCGAAGCUCAAUGUGCACAGACAACGCUGGAACGCCGUGAAGAAGAGAAAAUGUGCGAUCAUUUGAUAACGGCUGCUAGACGACGUGACAGCGUAGUGGCCAGUCGUAUUUUGGACAAAAUCUGUAAUAUACUGUCGAACAAACAUGGAGCUUGGGGUUAUCUUCACGAGAACAUUCCUAUAAGAAUGUCUCAGUUUUGGAAGUUGGACGUUUGGGAAGACGACGCAAGGCGUCGUAAAAGGUUUGUGCCUAACCCGCGAGGAACGACCCACCCGGAAGCCACAUUAAAAGCUGCAUUGGAACACGGUGCACCGCAAGACGCUAUUUUACAGGCGAGAGAAGAAGUUUUCCACGCUCAGCUUGUGGCCAUGAGCACACAAAGCGGUCCGGGUAGUCAGUCUUCAGAUCUACUCGAUGAUUCGGAAUUGAUGACUGAUGACAGAGAGCUGGACGCCGACCUCGUUGGUCCGGUAAAUAUUAGCACAAAAGCGUCUUUGAUAUCCGCUGGAGUUGUUGCACCUGGUAUAGUAUCUAUAACGUCUGCAGAGUUGUACUUUGAAGUCGACGAAGAUGAUCCAGAAUUCAAAAAACUAGAUCCAGAGGUUUUGAAAUACUGCGACCAUCUGCACGGGAAAUGGUAUUUUUCGGAGAUCAGAGCAAUAUUCUCGCGUCGGUACUUGCUGCAGAAUAUUGCUAUCGAAAUAUUCAUGGCUAGCCGAACGUCCGUAAUGUUUUCAUUCCCUGACCAGAAUACAGUUAAAAGAGUCAUAAAAGCCUUGCCAAGAGUUGGAGUUGGUAUCAAGUACGGUUUACCACAAACAAGACGCGCGUCCAUGAUGUCUCCCAGACAGUUGAUGCGGAACUCGAACAUGACGCAAAAAUGGCAGCGCCGUGAGAUAUCCAAUUUUGAGUACCUCAUGUUCCUCAACACCAUAGCCGGACGAACUUACAACGAUUUAAAUCAAUACCCUGUUUUCCCGUGGGUUCUUACCAAUUAUGAAUCAAACGAAAUGGACCUCGGCCUUCCGUCCAACUACCGAGAUUUAUCAAAACCAAUUGGCGCGUUGAAUCCUAGUCGUAAAGCCUACUUCGAAGAACGGUACGGCUCUUGGGAAAACGAUAGCAUUCCGCCUUUCCAUUACGGUACCCAUUAUUCUACAGCGGCUUUCGUUCUAAAUUGGCUCAUUCGAAUCGAACCGUUCACCACGAUGUUUUUGGCUUUGCAAGGUGGCAAAUUCGAUCAUCCAAACCGAUUGUUUUCUUCUAUUGCGCUCUCUUGGAAGAAUUGCCAACGAGACACUUCUGACGUUAAGGAACUAAUACCCGAACUGUUCUUCUUACCCGAAAUGUUGUCCAACGAUAACGAGUACAAAUUGGGACAUCAGGAAGACGGCACUUGCGUGGACAACGUCGAGCUACCGCCGUGGGCUACUUCGCCAGAAGAGUUCAUCAGGAUCAACAGAAUGGCUUUGGAAUCCGAAUUCGUAUCGUGCCAACUUCAUCAGUGGAUCGACUUGAUAUUCGGAUACAAGCAAAGAGGACCCGAAGCCAUCAGGGCGUCCAACGUGUUCUAUUAUCUGACGUAUGAAGGAAGCGUCGACAUGGACACCAUCACGGAUCCCAUAAUGAGAGAGGCUAUCGAGAAUCAAAUACGUUGUUUCGGGCAGACGCCAUCUCAGCUGUUGAUGGAACCACACUUGCCCCGCAGUUCGGCCAUGCACAUCUCACCAAUGAUGUUCACCAGCAUACCGGACGACGUUUGCAUGACCAUGAAGUUCCCGUCAAACUCACCGAUUUGUCACAUAUCGGCCAACACGUUCCCGCAACUGCCGAUGCCGGCCGUCGUGACCGUCACCACUAACAUGCAGUUCGCGAUAAACCGAUGGAACACAAACUAUUCCGUGACAAUUCAAUCGCCAAGUUAUGCUGAAAGUCCUCAGCAACCGAACGUUAACUUACCUCUUGUUAUGGAUCAAAUUUUGACUCAAUCCAAUAGCAAUGUGAACAUCACAAUGAAACGCCAUCUAGGUGACAACUUUAGUCAGAAAUUAAAAAUCAAAUGGAAUUGUUUUGUGACAACAGUGGACAGCCGUUUCUUGAUUGUUUGCGGUUUUUGGGACAAUAGUUUCAGAGUGUUCUCCACUGAAACUGCAAAAAUUGUUCAAAUCGUUUUUGGCCACUAUGGUGUGGUAACGUGCUUGAGUCGCAGCGAAUGUAACAUCACUUCAGACUGUUAUAUUGCCAGUGGAUCGUCGGAUUGUACUAUAUUAUUGUGGCAUUGGAACGCAAGAAGUCAGACAAUUGUCGGAGAAGGUGAUCACCCUACACCAAGAGCUACGUUAACAGGCCACGAACAACCAGUCACUUCAGUAUCUAUAUCUGCUGAACUUGGAUUAGUCGUAUCCGCAUCCUCGGGUGGUCCAGUUCUUGUACACACUACAUUUGGCGAUCUUCUUAGGUCGCUGGACCCUCCCAAUGGCUUUGAAAAUCCUGAAUGUGCUGUUAUGUCCCGAGAAGGCAUCAUUGUUGUGAAUUAUGAACAUGGCAGCAUCGCAGCAUUUACAAUCAAUGGGAAAAGACUGAGACAUACCAUGCACAACGAUAAUAUUCAAUGCAUGUUGCUAAGCAGAGAUGGUGAAUAUUUAAUGACAGGAGGCGACAAAGGUAUUGUUGAAGUAUGGAGAACAUUUAAUUUAUCACUUCUAUAUGCUUUUCCUGUUUGUGACAGUAGUGUGCGAUCUCUGGGACUUACACACGACCAAAAAUUUUUGUUAGCUGGAUUGUCAACUGGAUCAAUUGUCAUAUUCCACAUUGACUACAAUAGAUGGCACCAUGAGUUUCAACAGCGAUAUUGAUGUAUUCUUCUCGUAUAAUCUAUAUUGUACAGUGUAUGUUAAUUAUAAUUUUAAUUUUUAAGUGUUAUUAAAAGUUUGAGCUCAAUGAAAAUGUAUACCUACUAGUAAGUUUGCAAUAAUUUGAUCACUUGAUAUUAGCAUCUAUGUUUUUAUCUAUCCCAUAUCUUGGGUUAGAAGUGUAAUAAACAUUAUAUCAACAUAUGUGAUCGUUCUGGAUGUUAACAUAAUUUAUUAAUAUUAAUGUUUAUAUUCAAAGGGAUAAAAAAGUGUUACCAAAUAUUUACAACCAUCUUUAUCUGUUCUGUUUUUACAAUCACUCAUGUUGUUAGCAAAUAAUGUAGUAUUUACCCUUUGUUUAGUUUUGUUACAAAUUCACUUGUUUAAAUUAUUGGUUUAGUUGUAAUUGUAUGCUAUCAUGUUUUUCUUAUCAAAGGUACCUUAUACAAAAAAAUCUAAAGAGAAUUUUUAAAGAUCCAAUUCAAACUACUAUUGUGUUUAAUAAAACACUUAUAAUUGAUAGAAUAAUGAAGUGCUUAUUUAU